AUGACUGCAAAACUACUUAGACAAAUUAAGUCUUUGUGGAAAAUAGGUGAUGUUGCAGCUUCAACAGAAUCAGUGAGUAACAUCGAACCAAGACGGCUUAUGGUCCCAAAUUAUUUGCUCAUUUGGGUCGACGAGGCUAUUGAUGAAACAAAUGAUAAUUGUCAACAUAUGCUCGCACAAUUACGAAGUGUCGUCAACAAUGUUAGACUCUGUACGAACACAACACAAUGCAUUGAAGUUCUGAAUGAUGCAGAUAGCAAAAAAGUUUUUGUUGUUUCUUCUGAUGAUUUAGGUCAACAUCUUGUACCAGAGAUUCAUCAGAUGACACAAGUAGAUUCUAUUUACAUCUUUUCUAACAACCAAGUGUUACAUGAAAAAUGGACAAAAGAUUGGUCGAAAAUUCAAGGUAUUUUUACUUCAAUUCAGUCUAUAUGUGACUUAUUAAAAACUAGUAUACGUGAAUACGAUCAUCAUGCAAUACCAAUGAGCUUCGUUCCAAAGUUAAUGAUAGACACAGUAAUAGCACCAGCAGUAUCCGAUAAACAAAAUCUCGAUCAAUUAGAACCAUCUUUUAUGUAUUCGCUACUAUUUAAAAAGAUUCUAUUAGAAAUUGACGAAGAUGAUGCCAAACCAUUGCAAGACUUAGUAGUUUAUUGUCGUAGUCAAAACAUUCCUGAACCUCAAUUGGAGCUGUUUCAACAAGAAUACUACCAUAAAACACCAGUCUGGUGUUUUAUGGGUGAUGUUUAUCGAUUAUUAGAAGAUUAUGAAACGGCACUUUCAUAUCAUCAAAAAGCAUUGAAUAUUCAAGAAAUAGUUCCAUGUAGUCCUUUGGAAUGUGCAACAGUAUAUACGAAUAUGGGUGACACUUAUCGAGAAAUGAAAGAUUAUGCAACAGCAUUAACAUUUUUUCAAAAAGCAUUAGAAAUACACGAAACACGUCUACCAAAAGAUCAUCCAGACUUAGCUCUUAUCAGUGACAGUUUAGCAAAAUUAUAUUUGGCUACUGGAGAACGUAGUAAGGCGACAGAACACAUUCAAAAAGCGAUGAAAAUUGCUGAAAUAAGAUUAUCUUUGGAUCACCCUCACCUUUCAGACUAUAAAGAAACAUUUGAAAAAGUUCAAAUGACACUUUAAAUUCUACUCUCUUAUUUUUCUAUUCAAUAAACCUUUUUUUCCAGUGCUUCUGACUCUUUUUGAGGUGUGUAUAUACAAGGAUAGAGUAUCAAUAUUCAUACUCACACCCUGAUUAUCAUUUAGGGGUGUGGGUGUGGGUGUGGGUGUGGGUGUGGGUGUCAGUGUGAGUGUGGGCGUGGGGUGUGGGUGGGUGUGAGUGGGUGUGGGUGUAGAUGUGGGUAGGUGUGGAUGUGGGUGUGAGUGUAGGUGGGUGAGUGAGGGUGAUGAUAUCUUACUCACCCUCACCUUUAUCCUCACCCAGCCACACCCACACCCACACUGUCACCCACACCCACGCUUAGGGAUGCAACGGUGACGAUAACCGGUCUAAUCGGUAACCGGUCUAACGGUAACCGUUCAACCGGUAACCGGUGUGGGCCGGUAACCGUUCAACCGGUAACCGGUGUGGACCGGUAACCGUUCAA